AACUUCUUGGACGGCAGCAAAGAUCAAACGCCCACAGCCAGCGCGAGGGACCGAGGGAGCCCCGCACGGCCACACAAACCCAUGGAGGCGUGGCUGACCGCCGCCGCCGCCGUCGUCUCGUUGCCUCCGCCGCGAAUCCGCCUCCGAUUCACCAAACCGAGCCCACUCCCACCCCCUCGGCGGCUCCAAUUCGGAACCUCCAAGAUCCGGACCUCCAGUUCGCGGGCAUGCCUGGCCGCGGCCUCCGCAUCCACGCCGCCGGCGCCGGGAGGCGGCCUGUACUCGGCGGCGACCUACGAGCUGACGGCGGAGAACGUAGACCGCGUCCUGGACGACGUGCGCCCGUACCUCAUCGCUGACGGCGGCAACGUCACCGUCGUGUCCGUCGAGGACGGCACCAUCUCCCUCAAGCUCGAAGGGGCAUGCGGCAGCUGCCCCAGCUCGACAACGACGAUGAAUAUGGGCAUCGAGCGCGUGCUUAAGGAGAAGUUCGGCGACGCUUUCAAGGAAAUCCGUCAGGUGUUCGACGGGGACCAACCGCCGGCGGAGACGACGCCCGAGGCGGUGAACCGGCACCUGGACAUACUGCGGCCGGCGAUUGCGAACUACGGCGGGACCGUGGAUGUACUCGCCGUCGACGGCGAGGACUGCCUGGUGAAGUACGACGGGCCGGAGUCCAUCGGGAGUGGCAUCAAGGCUGCCAUCAAAGAGAAAUUCCCGGACAUCACCAACGUGGUGUUCACCCAGUAGAACACUGUCUAGAUAUGUGUAACGCAGCCGACGUUGGCAAAUAAGGAGAUGAAAUCAUCAGACUUAUACAUGGAAUCGUCAUACGUGAAGUUUGCAAGAUGUUGCUGUGCUUGUAUUGAUAACUUGAAAUGCAGCAGCGCUGUCAAUGGAUGGUUUUGUGCCUCA